UCGCUUCGGACUUUGUACGACGAACGAAACGGGUGUAAAACUGAUCUCGGAACAGCGGUGGACUCGCUGGACACGAAGCGGGACGAACGAGACCUUCUGUAGUGGAGCUGCGGCGCGAGAGUGAGGGCAAGACACGGGCAACUUCCGGCCACGUGACGACGAUGUCCGACGCGAAAUUGGUCGUGUUCGAUUUGGACUACACACUCUGGCCCUUCUGGGUGGACACACACGUGGAGCCUCCGUUUCACAAGGACAAACGGGGUGGAGUGCUGGACGCACGGGGACAUCCUGUGUCCCUCUACAGGGAAACGGUGGAAGUGCUGAGCUCCCUGCACGGCCGGGGGAUCCCGCUGGGAGUGGCGUCUCGCACCAGCGAGGUGAUGGGAGCCAAUCAGCUGCUGGAGCUCUUCAGUCUCGAACAAUACCUGUCCUUCAAGGAGAUUUACCCUGGAUCCAAGGUCACACACUUUAAGAAGCUGCAGAGGGACAGCGGAGUGUCUUUCAAAGAGAUGGUAUUCUUCGAUGAUGAGCAGAGGAACAUCACCGAUGUCAGUAAACUAGGUGUCCAUUGUGUCCUGGUUCCUGAUGGAGUGACCAAGACAUUAGUAAAUGAGGCUCUUCUCAGGUUCUGCAGCAAUCGUCCAGCAGCCUGAUGCACUGGAGCCCUGGAUGGUGGGGUUGAGGCGUGUGUGUGUGUGUGUGUGUGUGUGUGUGUGUGUGUUUAUAAUGUGAGCAUCUGGAGGUUUGCUCAACGUCUGAACAGCAACUAGGACUUCAAACUGCUUGUCCUCAUAUGAUCGUUGACCUGCUUGUACCGUAGGAGCCUCUUGAGCUGGAUUGGGAUGGAGAAACUCUGCUCUCGGGGAGAGAAAAGGUAAAUAAUGGUGCAUAAUGGUGCGCUGGGGGUGCAGGUUCACUCUCUCAUCGUAUGAGCACAGCUGUGACUGAAAGUGUUUCCUGCUCCAAAGUCACUUUUACCACUGAGUCACAGUCAGUACAAGGGAGGAAAAAAAUCUAUUUAUUUUAUAGGUUACGUUCUGUAAAACUCCUGUACAGCUGUAAUAAUUAGGAAAUAUCAGUUUUUAAUAUGUGUAAUUUCAAGCUACUGUGCAGCUGGUCCAUCCCACACCGCCAUUAGGUUUGCGUGGCCUUUACUGCCAUCUGUCAGCUGGGAGGGUAAACGGCUCACUUUUACCUCGCUGUCAGUUCCGUUUAGUUCACUUCUGUGACACUUUUCUCCAGAGUGACUCACAGUGUAGGUGGGACUAGUUAAGAUGUGUUCAGAAUGUAAUAUUUUUCUCUGUGCGCUGCUGUACCAGCUGCUCUGUCCCCCCAGGACAGAAAUUUAUAGAAAUAUAAAAUAAAAACAAAAUAAAGUGGGAAACGGUUGAGUCAGGGGCUGCUGCUGUUCCUUACCGUUCCCCCGAGGACACCGAACCAGCAGUGCCGCUGCUCCAGGUUCGCAGCGAGGGAACGUACCGGAAAUGUUGUCCUGCGGCGUCCGUCUCCACCCGUCUGUCCACCUCUUGUCCUCUGGUCUCGCUGUCUGAGUAGAAGGUGAGAGCGUUGAUUCGCCAGCCGUGCCGUUACACUCUGUGACACUCGUCCCCCAGACGGCCCCGUGUUUCUCGGGCCUCGAGUUAUAAUUGCACUGUAAUUUUAAUAACGCAUAAUUGAGGCGCCGUUGCGUGCGGCGCUCGGUACUGUGAGCGACCGCAGCGGCGAGACGGUAAACACAGGUGCGCUUCCUGCCUGUCAAGACCGCCUGAACUUGAACUGCUCUUUGGAGGAGACAAGUAAAAAUGUUUUAUAGUCCUGCUGAGUUUAAUUUGAGUCCCAGCCUGGAAACAACUGUGUAACCAUGGAAACGGAACUCGGAUGGACACAAUGGAUGCGCGGUGCCGGUUCGCUCGCCACCUCAACCCCUGUGCUCUGAUAUUGUGUUCAAAAAUGUAUUUUUCAGAUAAAAUAUUUUUAAAAAAUGCUUUUAAACUUGACACACUACAGUCCUCCAGUUGUCGUCGAGGCGCUUGUGGAGCACGACCACAGUGCGUCAACCGUGACCGUUGUGUCCAACAGCAUCUUGAGUGGAGACCAACCUAAAGUACAGUCUAAUAAAGUGAACAUUCACAAGAGAGACUAAAGUGCACAACUGAGCUGGCUGUAAACACUUUGGAUUGCGGUGCUUUCGUCUCGCUGGAAAACUGGGGAAUCGAAACGCAGACCGCAGCUCGCUUUGAGCCUCGGGAGGAGCGGCACAAUCUGGCAACCGCGGCUCAUAGCGCCCGCCUUCGGAGCCCCGCGUCACGUCUCAUUGGUCCGUUGUGUCGUCAGUCUCCCGCAGCUCCGCCUUGGCACCGCUUUCAUCUCUCUCCCACCUCCUGUUCUCAUCUCCUGCUCCUUGCUCUGCUCCUAUCUGUGGUUCCCCAGCCGCCCUCGUCUCCCUCACCUCAUUUCUCUCUCCGCCGCACUAAAGAUUCGCUGUCAAGUUUCUCGGAGAAAAUCGAAGACUAAUUAAGAUUGUUAAUGAAGAUUUAAUUUCUGACUUCAAACGAAGCAGUGAGCGCAGAGCGGCUUGGGAGCAGAGGGCCCACAGGAGUGACCGUGUGGAUGGGGGUCGAGGAGAGGGACCUUCGGCUCAUGAACACAGCAGAAACGCAGUCAUAAAGAGAGAAAUAAAAAUGCAGCGAGAAUGCACGUUCAAUGGUCCAAGAGCAGGAAGGCUGGAGUAAUGAAUUGCAUCUUUCUGCGGGGGGGAUUCCACUCACCUCUCCGUGUGAGCUUCAAACAUAACUGCUACUGUAUGGGUACUUUGUUGGCACACACACACACACACACACACACACACACACACAGCCAUCCCCUACUUGAGUAUUUUUAAUAUAAUACGUGUCCUGUGCUCCUCCUGCAGCUCCCUGAUUGAUCUUUCUACAAUAUUUACACAUGUAUGGAAAUAUUAUAGCGCCCACCGGUGGAAGGCAGAGAGCGCAGGUCUGCGAGAUUGCACUCGACGGGGGGUCUGAGGUGCGUUGGUGAAAAAGAGACCCCCCGCUGAGUAAAAGGCUGCAUCUGUAGGUUGUUUUCCAUAAAAGGAGCAGCUAAGCACAAGAAAACGAGUGGCUUCGGUUCGUAGCUCCCAAAUGGAGCGGAAGGGCCGGAAAGUGCCGGAAGGACGCCGUGCGCACGCUGGCUCAGCUGGACUCCUUGAGCUGCACCGCUCACGCACACACAUACUUCUCACACACGGGGCCAGAUUCUCUGUGGAGUCGCGCCAUUUUACAGCCCUCGCAGCUCGUCCGUCGGUCUUCUCCGCACACGGGCUCCUCAUCUACAGACGUCCCCAUUAUGAGUCUUCGAAGACACAAACAUUUUCCACAUUAUUUCUUAUUCCGUUUCCAAUUUUUUAUGCUCAGAAGUAAAGACCACCUAAUGUGUGUUUACACACUGAACUGAUGGAUGGCAGUAAGAAGCACCCAAGCAGAAUUUCAGCGCAGGAUUCAACUCGUGUCUGGAGUUCCUGAGUGUCGCAGAUCAACGAUAAGAUGUGGAAUGUCAAACGUUUUUAUGGAUGAAUGUGUCCAGUCAGCACUGAAUUUCCACAAACUUUUGCACAGUACGUUUAUUACAGCUAAAUCCAAUAUUUUUAUGCUAUCUGAGCUGUAAAUCCUGUAAAUUGAGGGAUGUCUGUAUUAUUGACCUUUUAUUGAUUGUCUUUUGGGGUGAAAAUCAAUUACUUUUGACUGAUGAAAACAGUUCAUGGAUUUCCG